AUGGCCCUAUGCGCGCCAUGCCAAGAGAGAGAGCUCCAGCCAGGUGAAGAGCAGAUCAUAGAUGUAGAGACGGUGGAUGCGAAGCCGGAGAAGAAGGGCAAAAGCGCAGAAGCCACAGAAGGUUUUCAAAGUGAGCUGGAGUCGGGACUUAAGGACCUUUCCAGCAAAAGCGAAGAACCUGCCUUUGACAAGCCUUGCGCGGCAGGAAGCGAGAAGCCACAGCCACAGUCUGAUGGUGGAGAUAGCCAUGCAACAAAAUUCCAUAUGGACUUGGAGCACUGGGUGACGGAGGUUUCCGAGGUCUUCCACUACCGGAUUUUUUUCAUUGAGCUUCUGGGCCAAAUGAUUCAUACAAUAUUUGGUCCGCUGUCCAUCCCGGUGCUGCUCCUCCUAUAUGGUGGAAAAGUGGGCCUUGAAAAUCGUGCCUUUUGGCCCUUCAGUUUGUCUGCGUUGCCCGGCAACAUCAUUUGGAUCUUCCUUAUGACUGGGAUUGUGGCCAACUUCUUCAGUCCCGCUGGCAUCAUGCUCAUUGAGCAAAAGUUUGCCUUCUUUUGCCUUUUCAUGCGGAACUUGCCUAUCGCAACCAAGUAUGCUUACACUUCCUCGCAGACCUGGGACAGCUUUAACAGAAAGCCGAUUGAUGCCAAAUAUCGCGCGUAUAUGAACAUGCUGGUUGGUUGGUACAUGAUUCCGGAGGAGAACUUUGUUCUUCAAGCUGAAGUUGCAUUUGUUGGUGUGAUUGGCUCCCAUGCGCAGCGGAGUGAAGUGAGGGUGAAAUUUCUCCCAUGGCCUCGAAAUGAGAAGGACUUGCUGGCAAUGCGCAAACGCGUGGAUGUCUCCAGCAAAACCAUGUUUUUCGCUCCUACUGGCGAGGUGCUGCGAUCAAAGUCGUGCAGACGAAAAGCAGCGCGGCAGCGGAUCAUGGGGAGAGACGCGAACUUGCCAGAGUGUGAGAUGCAGUCGAUUUAUGAUGGAAUGUCAUCCUUGAAAAACAAGUCGGAGAGGUCACUGGGCAAGAUCCGAACCAGCUUUCUUGGAGGAAAGGAGCAGAAAUUGGAAGUGGAUGCCACUGGACCCACUGGCUAUUCCCAAGAGGAUGACGAAAAGAUCUUAUUUAAAACUGCUGCAAAUGGUGGCGAGGUUCCAAUUGAAGAUCUGUUUCUUUACUUCCUGAGAGCUGUGCAAAAAAGCGAGAGAGCAAUGUGCCCUCCCAUAGCGAAGUUGAACCUGAUUCUGGUGCUACCAGCACUGCUUGUCCCAUCUUUCCUGCGCCUCAAGAACACUGGAUUUUUUCUGGGACCAGAUCCAGUUGCGGUGCUCGCCGUUGUGGGACUUUGGCCUUCGAACUUUGUUUUUGGCGCUUUGGACAUGUGGAGGCGUGACCCCAUACACAGCACGAAAUUGGCUACGAUCUGA